CCUGACGUCACGGCCUUGCUUAUAACAAAGGGCUUCCUAACUUUCUUGUUUUAGUGCACAGGUGUUCUUCGUUACCUGAACACGAAAAGUCUCCCAGCUGUGAGGCAGCUGGAGUGAAAACUUAGUGCCACAGAGCCUGAAGAUAGAGAGCCAUGCUCCGCUGCAGGAGAUGUCGCAAGGGCGUCAUAGACUCGACGCGUUUGUCAAUGCAGGUUGAGGCCACAGAUGAAAGCUCAGCUGCUGUUUGCACUAUUUGGCACGUGAAUGUUGACACGUUGCCCGAGUGGAUACUGACCUCAGUUCACCAGGCCCAGUGGACUGUAGGAAAACUAAACUGCCAGAACUGUGCAGCUCGUUUGGGCGGCUUCAACUUCAUUAACCGCAGUGAGUGUCCGUGUGGCCGUGACGCCACCGUCCACCUCAACAAAAGCCGUGUGGAUCGUGACCACAAACACUACGUUCUCAUCGUCCAGCCAAGGAGGACGAGGCCUAGGAAGGAACAGCCCGGUCUGCUUAUGGAUGGCUCUCAAAACAAAGAGCAGAGGCCUGAAUUUAACAGUACUGCUCCGAACAGUUUACAUCUUAACUGUGCUGCUGUCAUGUCCCAUAGCAGCCCUGCAGAGGCCUCUCAUUCACUGGCUGGCAGUGAAAAUGCCCAGUCUUUUUCUUUCAGCCCUCUGUACUGCAUCUCUGACAGGAGACGGUGCAGUUUGGAAGACGACGCCGCCAUCAGGUUGUCGUGUUUUUGCCCUGCAGGCCCUACGGACACGUCUGCUGUCGAGAUGACGAGGGCAGGGACAGACGAGUCUACACGGUCACCUGUGCCGUAUCCCACAAGUCAGCUGUUUGACACUGAUGGUGAAGCUUCUGUCAGCACUGACGUCUGCUACUCAUUUGUUUCUGGAAGGACACGGUCACCUCUGCAUCACCAGCUGCUGCAAACCGUGGAGGACGUCGAGUCUUCACCAGAGACCACGGUCGUCCACGAGGAGGCGUCUGAUUCAGCCCUGUUCCUCAGAGGGAGGUCCAUCUCUGACAGUGUAGCCGAGCAGGAUGAGGAAGUGCUGGCUCAAGCCUUUAUGGCUUCCCCGGCCCAGAACAGACUAAGCAAAAGAGAGCGGAACCGUCUGAAAGGUCUUCGGAGGAAACAGAGGAGGAGAGAGCGAUGGCUGCACAGUCAGCUGGAGCAGGAGCAGGCUGAGAGUGUGAGCGGUUCCCUGUUGGACAGCGAGGGGGAGGACAGGGAGGGCCUCACCUGCGCCGUGUGUCUCGACGUCUACUUCAGCCCGUACAGCUGUCAGCCCUGCGGUCACGUCUUCUGCGAGCCGUGUCUUCGCACAAUCGCCAAAAACCGACCGACAAACACGCCCUGCCCCCUCUGCCGCACCCUCAUCUCACACACAGAUUUCCACAAAGAACUCAACCAAACAGCAAAGACCUUCUUCCCGAAAAUGUACUACGCCCGUAAGCAGAACUUCCAGAGUGCUUCGUGUGGAAAAUGGCCUCUUCCCAGCUGUCGCAAACGCUUCCGUACCUUCUGGGGAGAGCAGAGGCAUGCAGCGAUGGCAGGGAGACGCUGGCACUUUGCCCACGGAGGUUUCACGCUGGAUGCUUUGGACCUGACUGACAUGCGUGGCUGGCUCUUUGACAUCGGGCUGGUCAUCGUCUACAUCCACUCAGUCAACUGGAUCCUGGUUUUCUUAUUCCUCUGUUUCCUCAUGUACUAUAUCUUCUUUUGAGACACUGAGGAGAGCUCAAGAGCUCAUGAGUUUGCAGUUUUUUUUUUUCUUUAAAGAGAGUGGGUAAUGUGCAUUUUUCCGGUUCCACCAGUUGGAUAGUCACAAGUCAAAGCUGUUAUCUCAGUGGUAAAGUAUCUCAGAAGUAGCAGAGGUGGUCGUGACAUACAUAGAAUCUGAACAUUUGCAAAAAUGGUUGGGAAAGUUUAACAUUUAAUGAAGAUUUGAGCAAAGUAGCUAUGUUAUGAGUGCAAUAAAAAACUGAGUCAGUGUCAGUCAGUGAAAUGAUGUGGACUUAAGAUAAAAUAUGAAGUGAGAAGUUUUGCUUCUACUUGUACGUGUUAUUUUAUUGACAAAGCAGAGGGAUGCUCAGGACACACAUCCAACAAGUAAGCACAGCAGCAUUUUUCACUUGAUGUGAAUGAUCAAUGAUUGUUUGAUUGAAGGUCUGACAGCAGCAGGAGCAGAGAGGACAGACAGAAAAUCAAGAUUCACAAAUGGGUAAAAUACCCAUUUCAGUAUGGUGCCUUUGCUCAGUCUGUGCCUUCUGUCUGUAAUGAAUAAUAUGAAAGUGGAAUCGAGCAGCUUUAAGUGUUAGCUCUCUGGCACAGACUGUAUUAUAAGCACUGUAUUAAUAGAAAGCCAGAAAGAAAUUUAAAUAAUAGAAAGCUCUCAGUGAACACUACUUGUGUCUCUUUGUUUGUCUGAAGUCUGAAAAUAUAUUCUCCGCAUUCAAAUUGUGUAAAGAGUUAAUUGUCUUGAAAAAAACAGCUAUAUAAAGGUGAAAAGAUGUGUCAUUUGAGCUAUGCAUCUGUUUUUUUAUUAGUGUUAUUUGAAUAUAUGUGGCCUAAAUUUAGCAUUUUGAUAUGUUUUAAUUGAAUUAUUAUAAAUCUUUUUUUCUGUUUUAAUCUUUCUAGGUUCAUUUGUUUGUUCAAUAGCUCAGUUUUGAACGUAAUAACAGGUUGAGCCAUGUUGAAUUAAUUUAUGGAAAUGUUUUAUGAAUCCCAUUAUUUUUUUGCCAUUGUGAAAAUGAGAAAAGCGACACCUUGUCUGUACUGUAUUUCCUGCAAUGAAUCAAAUGACUGCAGCUGAUAGUUUAUCUUUUCUGGCACAGUGACGGCAUGGCUGAGCCUCAGCGCUCUCCUGUAAACCCUGUUACCAACAGCAAAGGUCAUA